GCCAAUCGCGCGAGGGCCAAGAACACUGCUCUCCUUCCAGGCCGAAGCGAGAGUCCGCGAUGUCCCGCGGGUCGAGCGCGGGCUUUGACCGCCACAUCACUAUCUUCUCGCCCGAGGGCCGCCUCUACCAAGUCGAGUAUGCUUUCAAGGCCAUUAACCAGGGUGGCCUCACGUCGGUGGGGCUGCGGGGCAAGGACUGCGCAGUGAUGGUCACACAGAAGAAAGUGCCCGACAAGCUGCUCGAUUCCAGCACGGUGACGCAGCUCUACAAAAUCACAAACGGGAUCGGCUGCAUGAUGACCGGCAUGACGGCGGACGGGCGCUCACAGGUGCAGCGUGCACGGUAUGAGGCGGCCAACUGGAAGUACAAGUACGGUUACGAAAUCCCCGUGGACAUGUUGUGCAAGCGCAUGGCGGACAUCUCGCAGGUGUACACGCAGAACGCUGAGAUGAGGCCGUUGGGCUGCUGCAUGAUGCUGAUCGGCAUUGACGAGGAACUAGGCCCCCAGCUUUACAAGUGCGACCCGGCCGGGUACUUCUGUGGCUACAAAGCGACGAGUGCGGGUGUGAAGCAAACAGAGGCUAACAGCUUCCUGGAGAAGAAGCUCAAAAAGAAGCCGGAGUGGAGCUUCGAGCAGACUGUGGAGACGGCGAUCACAUGCCUCUCCACCAUUGUGUCGGCCGACUUUAAGCCCUCGGAGAUCGAGGUGGGCAUCGUCACGGUGGACAAUCCCAAGUUCAGGGUCCUCUCGGAGGUGGAGAUCGAUACUCAUCUUGUCGCCAUUGCGGAGAAAGAUUAGUUUUACCGUCAGCGCUGGUUUUUUUUUACAAUAAUUACCGUACUGUUGGGAAUUGACAAAAGAAAAACGAUUGUUUAGGCCCACGCAGGCAUCCUUUGUGAUCUGCGCCAUUGAGCUUCAUGUCAACAGGGCAUCGGGAAAUUCCAUGCAGGUCUCUUACAGGGACUGUCGCCCUCCUUCGCCGGUUGUCGAUUGUCCCAAAAGGCGCGGGCCGGUGGUGGGCAAGUCAGGUAUCCAUUGAUAGUGGUGUACGGUGCGUGUCACUUGACAAUAAAGUGGUUUCGACACUGCA